AAAAAGCUGUUAGAAAUAAUGGAGAAAAUUCUGAUCGAGCCACGGGACGGACUCGUGGUGUCAUGUUUGUCUAAUCUUCUGCAAACGAGUGCCGUGGAGGCACUCGCGACUGGCGAUACGUUCAAAGUCGGAUUAUCAGGAGGAUCUUUGGUGAACUUAUUGGCAAAGUCUUUACCCAGCAUCACGACCGAUUGGAGUAGAUGGAGAUUCUUCUUCUGCGAUGAAAGAGUUGUUCCUUUUGAUAGCAACGAUUCCACGUAUGGGGAGUACAAAUCGAAGUUCAUUGGGAAGGUACCAGUGACUGAAGAUCAAUUUAUAAAGAUAGAUCCUGAUUUAUCUGCUGAAGAUGCAGCGAAAGAUUAUAUAAAGAAGAUGUCUGUGUAUUUCCCACCCGAUCGAGUUCCAUGCUUUGAUGUACUACUUCUGGGACUGGGACCAGAUGGUCAUACUUGUUCUCUAUUCCCUGGACACAAAAUAUUAAACGAAUCCAGUUUGUGGGUAUGUCCUGUCAAUGAUUCUCCCAAACCACCUCCAUCUAGAAUCACCCUUACUCUUCCGGUAAUAAACAACGCGAAGAAAUGUAUAUUUGCUGUUAUUGGAGCUAGCAAAGCAGAUGUUGUCAAGAGAAUUUUACAAGACAGAGAAAAUUUACCAGCCGCUCGCGUGCAACCGCAGAACGGAGAGUUAUAUUGGAUUUUAGACAAGGCUGCUGCGGAAUUAUUAGAGGCAGCUUAAGGAAAUUCAGUGAACUUAUGACAUUCCAUACUAUCUCGUCCUUGAUGCUCAGCAAAUCUUUUUGAGCUUACUUUUGUAUACACAUGCAUCCUGCUUGAAAUAGCUAAUAGAAGAAGAUCGGGAGGAUUUUUCGUAAUUUAUUACUUGAAAAUGAAUAUUUGUUUUAUUAUGCAUUUUAAUAAGUUUUUGUUGUUUUUUCCACGUUUAAAUGUAUACAAACAUUCCAUCGGAUGUAAAAUACAGUGAAGAGCAUUUUUGCAUGAAGUCUUUAUUUUUUAUUUAGUUUAUCCAGCAGCUUCGAAAAUCGUUGAAAAUAAAUUUUACAUAGGCAAUGUUAACAUAAUGUCAUACGUCUCAUUACGAAAGUAUAUUUCAAAUAAUAAUCCUUGAAUAGAAAAGGGAAAUCUGUAAAAGCGGGAGAUCGAACGUUUUACUUUCCUUUUAACGGUAUAUCGAAAUUGACAUCCCUUAAGAGACGAAUAACGAUUGAAAAUUUAUACGAUUACAUUUUAUUUGCAAGAAUAAAUAUCAUGUAGUCAAUAUAAUUCUGUAUACAGAAGUAGCUAGCUGCGACUAUAUGCGAUGUAGUAAAGAAUUGUAUCUAUCGUUUGGCAGAUCAACAAAGUUCUUUGGUGGUUCACAUAAAAUUAAAGACACGGAUAAAUAUUAGGUAUACAGCAGAAAGUGACUAUUUUUUAUAUGAUUCACGUAUUUUUGUAUAUUCUUAAUUAGAUGGAAUUAAUAUAUUAUAUAGAUUGAGGCAGGAAUAUUGUUUGUGACAUGUAUACUUAAUAGUUAAUAUAUCCACGGUAAUUCCGAUUCAGUAACCAGUGUCGAUUCCUUAGGAACUAAAUCUUUUUUUUUACAAUAAUUUAUAAAUUACAUUUAUUUCUUUACAAAAGUCUUACGCGUACAUGCAUAUCGGGCCANAAAA